AUGCCACGUCCGAGGCAUAAUACGACCUUUCUGCCCAGGGGCCUGCGACAGGAACUCGGGAUCCGUGAUCGAUUCGGCGAGAAGAAGAAAAGGCGGAUUGAGGAGCUGUCCCGGAAAGAACGGCGAGAGGAAGCGCGGGCGGGGAACAAGCUAGGGUCUGGCUCGGGAAGGAGAGGCGUUGACGAUGAGAACGACUUUGACGGAUUUGAUUGUGGUGACGAUGACGAGAAGGAUGUUAUGGCGAAGCUCAAGGCUGCGAAACUGGCUAAACAGAACAAGGAGAAGCCGAAGUCGAUAUUGAAGAAGACUAAGGAGGAGGAGAAGGUGGUCGAGGCUCCGCGGAAGAAGGUAUCGAAGGCGGUGCAGGACAAAUUGGAGCAGGAUGAUGCCGAGAUUGCUGCGCUCGAGAAGAAACUAGGGCUGAAAAAGGGCAAGGUGCCAAAGAACUUCGGGGAUGAUGGAUUGGGUGACUUGCUUGGUGACCUGGAUGAGGGAUCCGCAGACGAAGGCCGGAAACGAAAACGUGAGGCAGACGAGUGGCUUUUAAACAAGAGGAGAAAAGCCCAGGGCUUGGAGCCCAUCGGGGAUUCGGAUGAAUCCGAUAGCGACUUGGGGAGUGAUGAGGAGGUAGGUAGCGAUGAGGAUUUAGACGACUUCGACUUGGACGAAGACGAGGAUAUGGACGGGCUGGAAGAUAACGACGAGGAGAGCGAAGAAGAGCAACCCGCGCAGAAAAAGAAAGAGAAUCCAUAUGUUGCGCCUGUCCCAGCGGCUCCAGAUACCCACCCGGCGAAAUACAUUCCACCGUCUCUACGAGCUGCGUCAAACUCCGAAUCCGAAUCGCUCAUCCGUCUGCGAAGGCAAGCACAGGGCCAACUGAACAAGCUCUCCGAGGCAAACCUAGUCUCCAUCCUGGCGGAGUUUGAGAAGCUAUAUCGAGAAUACCCCCGUCAAAACGUGACAUCGACACUGCUCUCGUUACUAUUCGGGCUCGUCUGCGAAAGAUCCGCGCUCAACGAUACCUUCGUCAUCCUGCAUGCGGGUUUCAUUGCUGCUAUAUACAAGGUCGUGGGGACGGAUUUUGGCGCAGAGAUAGUGCAAAAGAUCGUGGAAACGUUUGAUGCUGGCGGCGAUGAACGGGGCAAGUUUGAAGGGAAGCAGAUGAUUAACCUAAUCUCUCUUCUUUCCCAACUAUACAAUUUCCAUGUCAUUGGCAGCACCUUGGUCUUUGACUACAUCCGGCUGUUCCUGCAAGACAUCAAUGAGGAGAAUACCGAGCUCCUCCUCAAGAUUAUCAGAAACUCCGGGCCCCAACUUCGACAAGACGACCCUUCCUCCCUCAAAGACAUCGUCCUUCUCAUUCAACCGGCGGUGGCAAAAGCCGGCGCCGAGUCCCUCUCCGUCCGCACAAAAUUCAUGAUCGACACAAUCACAGACCUAAAAAACAACCGCAUUAAAUCCGGGCCUGGCGCGAAUUCCACCGUCGCCUCCGAACAUAUUACGAAGAUGCGCAAGAUCCUGGGCUCCCUCAACAACACCCGCGUCAUCCGUGCCUCAGAACCCAUCAGCAUCUCACGUAGUGACAUCCACAACUCCUCGAAGAAGGGCAAAUGGUGGCUCGUCGGCGCGAGUUGGAAGGAAGAAGAUCCUCUUGAAUCCGCGCGCCGUGAACUCUCAUCCCUCCCAUCUUCAUCAAACACCAGCCGAAACACCGUCGUAGACGACGACUCCGACGCCGAACCAGACUACGCCUCCCUCGCCAAAGCCCACCGCAUGAACACCGACGUCCGCCGUUCCAUCUUCGUAGCGAUCAUGUCCGCAACAGACUACCAAGAUGCGCACGUGCGCCUGCUCAAGCUCCGCCUGAAGCGCAAUCAGGAGUUCGAAAUCCCUCGUGUCCUUACACACUGCGCUAUGGAAGAGGAGACAUAUAACCCUUACUACACGCUCAUCGCGCGCCGCCUCUGUGGCGAACUCGGCCGUCGCAUCAAGGUCUCCUUUAUGUUUACACUCUGGAACAUAUUCAAGCGCAUGGGCGAAACAGGCGAUCUCGACGACGACGAAGAGGACGCCGGAUUUGGCGGCGAAGAUGAGGAGAAUGCACUCUCCAUGCCUGAGAUUGUCAAUCUGGCAAAGAUGUACGCGUCACUCGUCACCGACGGCACUCUAACACUCGGAAUUCUUAAGACCCUCAACUUCGCAUACCUGCAACCGAAGACAAAGACCUUCGUUGAGCUGCUCAUGAUAAGCAUCAUCCAACACUCCCAGAAACAAACGAAGAAGUCCAAGAAGAGCAAGAGCAACUCCGAUACCGUUGACGACUCUGGAUUCGACGAGAAACCUCUUGUUGAGAUCUUUAUGCGUACCCGGGACACACCGCAGAUCGUCAAGGGGUGCAUAUUCUUCCUGCGCAAGGUUGUUGCGCGGACGGAUAUUGUUGCUUCGGAGAAGGAGGCGAAACAGGUCAAGUGGGGUGUUAGGGUUGCUGUUGAUGCACUGAAGGUUGUUGAGGGCGAGGAGGGCGGUGCUCUAUAA